UGUGAACAAAUUUGUAGAACUCUUAGAGGCAAAUGCACACAGUCAAAUAUUCAAGGUGAAUGUCUACAGUCUCACUUGGUGGAUACGCAAGAUGUUGAAAAUGAAGAAGGAAUGGCAUUUGACAUUCAGGAUAUUAAUGACAGUGUACCAAGUUCACAAGAAACUCUCACAGGGAGUUUAAUUACAGACAUGGAGUUUGAGAUUUCCUCCACGGGUUCCUGUGCCCCAUCCCUACCUUCUUCCCAGGACUGGUAUGAAAAGAACAAAACACCGAGAGAAAAACUAAAUGAAGCUUUGCAGAGACUUUUAGGAGAUCAAUUUCAACCUCUAAAGUCCCAGCUUACAAGACCCUGGUCUGAAUUAGCAAAGUCUGCAAAGUAUUACUACAUCAGCAAAGCUAAAGAAGCUGUAAUGAUAGUUCUGUCCAUCAUUGCCCCAGGACAAGAAGACACCAUUCUCGGCAAAAUCUGUGAAACAUCUGAGAAUGAAAGCAAAGAAAUAGACAAAGCCACAAAACAGUUGAUAGAUGCCUAUCAUGCCACAUCAGACAGAAAAACACAACAGCAGAUCCUGUCAUUGUUUGUAAACAACUUUACAAAGCAAAAGCUUCUUCAGCUUAUACCAUCUCUUACACAGUCCAAAAUUGAUGCAGCUAGAAAACGUGCCUCAGUCAUAGGACCAGGACAAAUGCUGAAUCCACCAAAGAUAUACAGAGUACGUCUGACCAGACCGAAAUUGCUGCAUUUUAUUGAAUAUGUAUCUAUGCCAUCAGUUUCCCAGGUUAUUGGUUUUGGUGCCACACAACUACAUUUGUCAAGUGGAGAAAAGGUGCAGAUUCCAAAGGUCAUCAGAAAUGCUGUGAGUGCCAGAAUCAUUGCAAACUAUCAAGAGUAUUGCAAGGAAUCUGAUUUCCAAACUUUCAGCCGUGCUUCAUUGUACAGAAUCCUCAAAGCCUGUCGAGCAUCAAAAAGGAAAGCAAUGCAUGGACUUGACAACACCACAGCCCUUGGAAUGGAUGCCAUGGAGUCAUUACACAAGGUUGUGACACAACUUGGUGAAUGCGGAUUGGAGACAGAGAAAAAAGAGAAUCUGAUUGACAUGAUCAACAUAUGUAAUCAACAUUUGAAAUUUGAUGCAAAGAAUCAUUUUAGCAGAAGUUCAUCAUGCAGUGAUCACUGUACAAUAUAUGCCCUAAGUGAUCCAGCAGAUACAUGCUUUUCAAGUAAUUGUGACCAUGAACAUUCAGACACUUGCUCCUCUUGUGUUUUGACAGACAAACUUACAGAGUGCAUCAAGGAAGCCACGGAAACAGUUGAAAUACCAUCUGAGGAUUUAAAGGAGGAAAUGCAGCAUGAAAUUGUCAUGACAACAAAAGCUAUCAAGGACUGGAAGGCCCACCUUCUCAGAACUGUUCAUCAAGACUUUGCAAGAUCAGAUGUCUUACAACACCUUGACCCAAACCAAGGACUUCUGAUAAUGGAUUGGGCUAAUGAAAUUCCUUCCUCUCCAGUACAGAGAAACACAGUCAAAUUUCUUUGGAAAAAGGGGAAUUAGUUGGCAUAUAUCCUGUUUAAUUACCCAGAAGAGUGACCCUGAACCAACAGCUAGCACCUUGCCAGACCAUCUCGACAUGAACACCUAUAUCCAUAUCCUUGAGAAUGGAAAUCAAGGUUGGUUUUCUG